UAUUAAAAUAAAAAAAUGUAUAAAUCCAUUUUCUUUACCUUAACCAUCAUUUCCAUAGCUUAUAUUGGACUUGCUAAGAAAUCAGACUGUCCACGCAUUAAACUGAAGCGUCAAUGGGGCGGUCAAUUGAGUAAAAUUGUGGACUAUCGUCCCAUACCCAUUAAAUAUGUGGUCAUACAUCAUACCGUGACGCCGGAGUGCACAACAUUUUUAAAAUGUUCAGAAAUUUUGCAGAAUAUGCAGCAUUAUCACAUCAAUGAUUUGGAAUACAAUGAUAUCGGUUACAACUUCCUAAUUGGCGGCGAUGGUGUGGUGUAUGAGGGCACGGGUUGGCGUGUAGCCGGCUCUCACACUUAUGGCUACAAUGCAAAUGGCACCGGCAUAGCUUUUAUAGGCAAUUUCAGUGAAAAAUUACCUAAACAAAUGGCUUUGACUGCUGCCCAAAAACUUUUAGAGUGCGGCGUUAAGAAUGGUGAAUUAGAUGCCAACUAUGAGUUGUUUGCUGCCUCUCAAGUGUCUUCCACCAAAAGUCCAGGUUUGAUUUUGUACAAUGAGAUACAAGAUUGGGAUCACUGGUCGCCUCAUGCUUAAAUAUCAUUUAAAUCAUUUAAUUUGCAUUUAUUAUCACAGUAAUUUUAAGAUACAUUAAUUUUAAAUAAAAAUUAUUAUAAGUUUAACUAAA